UUAUCUUUCCACUCGUUAUCUUUCACACAUUUUUAAGUGUCCGUUCCUGUGGCCGUGUUGCGAGACGCCUCAGCUGACCCGAGGAACUUCAACAACGAACCCAACUUCUGUCGACUCGUGAGGGAAGGAGAAGGAGACUCAUGCUGUAAUACAUCGACUCCCAUCUGCCGAACGAAACUAGACCAAGAUGGACAAGCUACGGAAGGCCCUAAGUGGGAGAGACAACAGCGAGGAGCAGGAGGAGGAGCGGGGGAACAUUAUCACCCAGACGGAGGACACGCCACUCUUGCGUGUAAUUGACUCAAACAGCCUUAGUUGGAGCACACGUGUUAAAGGGUUUGCAAUAUGCUUUAUCCUUGGUUUUUUGUUCUCUCUCCUGGGCUCUGCGCUGUUCUUCUUGCCCAAGGGAACGGUCUUGUUUGCAAUUUUUUACACCCUAGGCAACGUCAUGGCACUUUCUAGUACAUGCUUCCUGAUGGGACCAGUAAACCAAUGCAAGAAGAUGUUUGCCAAAACCAGGAUCAUAGCCACCAUCAUCAUGUUUGUUGCCCUCAUCAUGACUCUGAUUGCUGCAUUUGUGGUCCAUAAGAAAGGUCUGGCACUGUUGAUGGUGCUUAUACAGUUCUUAGCAAUGACCUGGUAUUCCCUUUCGUACAUCCCAUAUGCUCGUGACGCUGCCAAGAAGUGUUUUGCUUCCUGUGUCGAUGUCUAAGUGAAUCCGGCUCCUCCCAUGGGGUCAAGAGGUCUCUUAGAAAAAUGUAUAUCUGUUUAGAUAUUCUAAACAUUAAGAUUUUCACUGCAAAAAAAUUUGUUCUUCCAGUGGUCUUGAAGUAAGACGUGCUUGAUACAUUUUGUUAAUUGUUUUUGUUUAUUUUUAUUUGUGAUUAACAAUUUUGUUCAAAUCACUAAGAUAACCACCCUGACAUUAGGUGUGAGAAUAUUCACAAGAAUCUUUUUUUUUUUAUGUAGUUUUAAAACAAUCAAAUUCUAUCACCAAUUGUGGUGCUCUCUUUUCCCCAUUUUAAUUGAGAUAAAAAUAACCUUUAUUCUUCAAUUCAACAAUGAUUUGGUAUUAGCAUGAGAAUGAUUUGCAAACAUUAAUGCAGUUUAACCUUUGACCAUUUAUUUAUUGAAACUUAUUUUUGGAAAAUGCUAUUAAAGCACACACUUGUAGAUAUGCCGUCCUGCAGUGAAAAGUUUUACAAUGCUUUCAUCAUAUCAACUUCCUUUAAAAAAAACUGUCAUAAUGAUAUUAGAUUAGAUAAGGAUCUGAAAGUGGAGUAGGUAAUUUAUACCUAUGAAUUGACUUCUUUUUCCUCCUACUCCUCCUCCUCUUCCUCCUCUUCCUCCUCCUCUCCUCCUCCUCCUCUCCUCCUCUUCCUCCUCCUCCUCCUCCUCCUCCUCUUCCUUCUCCUCCUCCAGGAACAAAAUAUACAAAUUUUGAUAGUUUUGUAUAUAAUUCAGACAGUUGCCAGAUUACUAAUGUGGAUCACAGUUUGAUUUAAUUGUAUGAUAUAUUUCUGCAAAAUCAAAAUCUUUCUUGCUAAUGGCUAAUGACAAAAUUAUACUACUUAGAUAUUAUCGUCCAUCCAGGGAUAAAUGGCAUUUCCAUUUUUUAAUAAUUGCAGCAGUGCAGUUAACUACCAUUUAGUAUGGUAAUUAGCCUCAAGUCAGGAAGUAUGCAUAUGUGAUGAGAAGCAAAAAAAGCACAUGUGAUUGUGGGAACAGGUGUAGAAAAAGACAUCAUAGUAGUAUUGUAAAAGUUACUAAAUUUCCUAAUAGAUUUACUUUUCUGUCCCAGCUGAUUGCAAGAUUAUCUAAAAAAAAAGAAUAUUGUUUAUGUAUUUUUGUUACUAUUGUGUCUUAAGUAUUUAUAAGCAAGCUAAAGAAGCUUACUAAAUAUUUUUACUACUAAUUGUUUGUUACCAUAUUUUCAUUGUAAGCAGAGCUAACAAAAGGGAUAUUUUUACACAUUCACAUGCGUGAAUCAACUCACACCCACCUAUCCGCCCACCUACCCACACACACACACACACACACUCACGCGCACGCAUACACAGAAGGGAACUUGGUGUAGAGUAAAGCAUUAAGUUUUAAGAAUGUUUGGUUUAUGUAGACCUACAUUUCUUUUUAGGCUCAGUAGAUGCAGAGAAGAGCAUUACCAUUUGAUUGAACACUGUAUGCUGUCAGAAAAUUAGACAUUUUCCUAACUUAAAAUGCCAGUUUCCAAAAAAAAAGAAAGAAAAAAAAAUCGAAAUUUCGUUGAAUGUGGGGAAUUUGUGAUUCUUGAACGUAUUUUGUGAAUGUUAAAAGUAAUUACUUUUCUAUAUGUGCAAGUAAGAGUUUACAUUGCCUACAUAUAAAUGUCAGCUACUAUAUAUGUGUAUGUAUUUUUGCCUCACGUUCCCUUGAUUAUGCCAGAGGUACUGUAUCUUGUGGCAUUCCAUAGAUUUAGAGAGAAAUGUUGUUUAUUGUCAUUAAAAAGAUGUAUAAAAAAAAUUGAUGAAAAGAAUUGUGAAGAGAAGGUAUUUCUUACUUUAUUUGUAAAAUCCAAAGAAUAUCCUUUAGAAAUUUUGUACGGAGAAAUUCAAGGCUGUGUCCUGACAACAGUAAAUAAGUUGAACUUACAAAAAUUGCUAAGAUAUUAAGUAAUACUCUUAUAUCAUAUAUAUUACUGUACACAGAACUUGGGCUCGGUUACUUCAGAAAUUAGAAAGGAUUUAUUACAUUCAUGAUUUCUCCCCGAAUGUAAGUUUAGACAAGAGGACUUUCCGUGUGCUGUUCUGUGCCUUCGGGAGGGGCCACUUAGUACAAAUGGCCUCUGCCUUGACUAUUUCUUCCAUACAUCUUGCUCACUGGGUAUUAACACAUUUAUACUUUGCUGCAGGAUGAUAACUUAUUGUUCUUGGUAGUACUUUUAGCAUUAACCAUUGAUAAUGUUUUAUGUCUUGUGAAAUAUAUACCAAAGCAUCUGUGCUUGUAUAUCUUGCAUGGAAUAUGAAUGAUUUGUAAUCAUUUUUUUUAACAUCUAGAAAUUUUUCAGUGACAUUGUUGUUAAAAACAGAUAUGGUAGUUUCAUAAUUUAUAAGAAAGAUGUACAGCCUUUGAUUCAUAUAUAUUUGUACAAUAUCAAAUUUUAUUAGUAUGGUUAGGCAAGGUACUAAGUUAUUUACCUGUAAUUUAAACUUGUUUCACUUGCAUUCUCAGAGAAUAUCUAAAGAAAUUAUAAAAGGUGUAAGUCUUUUUUUUUUUAUGUACAAAUAUAUUAUUGAAUAUA